CCCGCCGCCGCCAUGGGCGCCAGCGGCUCCAAGUCGCGGGGGCUGUGGCCCUUCGCCUCCCCGGCGGCGGGCGGCGGCGGCGCUGAGGGUGCCGGCGGGCAGCAGGCCCUGGCCCGGGCGCGGGCCGCGCGCGCAGCCACCCCGUUCGUCUUCACACGCCGCGGUUCCAUGUACUACGAUGAGGAUGGGGAUCUGGCUCACGAGUUCUACGAGGAGACAAUCGUUACCAAGAACGGGAGGAAGCGUGCCAAGCUGAAGAGGAUCCACAAGAACCUGAUACCUCAGGGCAUAGUGAAACUAGAGCACCCUCGCAUUCACGUGGAUUUCCCGGUGAUCAUCUGCGAGGUGUGAAUUGCCAGACGUUGCUGCCCCACUGCCCCCAGCCUCACCAGGCGAGGCUGCCUUGCGUUCCCACCCGAGGAGGACUCUGGGCGUGCGGCAGGGACCGUUGCUCUCCCCUCGCCCGGAAGCGAGGCAGGACGGAGCAGGCUGGGCUGGCUUGGCUGGCGAUCCGUUCCUCGCAGGAGAUGGGUGACCUUGUGCAACGACCGCUUAAAAACAUCCUUGCUUGAGUCAGAAGACUAAAAAAUACCUUUUGUAGCCUCUAGCCGACCUGUUAAAGGGAGAGCGAGCCUGCACUUCUCACCAGAGAAAAUCCCCUGCUUCUCAGGUAUGUGGCCCAGGGAGAGCCAGGGCAAAGGAACGUGCUGCCUGGGCCCCCAAGCUCCCUCGGGCCUGCUGGAUAGAUGGCCAGUGUUGCCACUUGUUGCUUGCCACGGGUGGUAUGUGAUGCUCUUCUGGAUGGGUCCACUGAUGAAGGAUAAAUGGGGCAGGCCAAUGAGGGACUGGUCUUGAAGCACAUCUGGCUGGCUGCUGCGCUCCUCUUGGGAAGGGAACGGGGAUCAGAUGCCACUACUUGGACCUCGGUCUCUUCUCCCUCUGUGUUUCCCUGCUUAUGCCUGCUCCAGGAAGGCUGGCUUUGCUGCUGCCUGCGGUCACUCUGCCUGCAGGAGACCUUUGUGGUCUGUGGCUGCUGCUGGUGGCAGCAGGGUCCCCAGCUCUGCAGUGGAUUUGCCUCUCUUGUUAGCAAACCAGCUCCCACUGAGCAUCGUCCCUCACCUGCUGCAGGGCUGGGCUGCUGGGCAAGGCAUCUCCUCAUAACAUCCUCACUCCCUGCUACUGUCUUGGACAAUCCUCCUGGUGGGGUGGGCCUUGACAUGGCCAAGCAGGAAGGAAAUCCUCUCUUCCUUCCCCAUUCCCUGAAAACAAUCCAUUGGUGUGCUGGUCCUGGCUUGGAAAUCUCCCUGGCAAUGUGAACUAUGGUUCCUCCCGCAUCCCACCUGGCGGUAGGAGAAACACGAUGCACUUUACAGGGAGGCUUUCUGCUCUGUCUCGGAAGGUACUGCUCUUUUCUCCUCUUUCCUCAUGCUUGAGAAGGUUGAGGUUGUCUUGGCAGCACUGAAAGGACCUCUCAUCCCUGCGUGCGAGCCCUGAGGAAGGCCUGGCCAGUCCUUGCCAGUGCUAGCAGCCACUGUCUGUCUGCUCUGCAGCCCGGACCAGGCGGGUGGAGGAGGACUGGUGGUGGGCACAGCUGUAAGCAGGGGCAGAGCCUGCUCCCCGCAGCAGCCAGCUCGGCCUUUCUCCUCUUUCGUUCCAGGACUUAUUUACUUUCUAAGCACUUCAGAUGUUUGCUACCUCGAUUUUUAAUUUAAGCUGCUGGCACUUGGCUGCCAGCCCUGUCAGCGUCUGCGUUGGAUGUACCCAACCCCGCGCCCACCCAGAGCUGCCCGGGCACGGGGCCACAUUCCAAGCUUCGGGGAGAUAACAGUGGUGUGGCUGUUGCUGUCUUCCUGUCACCACCUCUUCCCUCCACGUCCCCCACCCACUGUUCCCAUAGACAGGAGCGAGCACGGAGGGUGAAGUGGAUGUGCUGGCUGCCACCCAUCAGGGAAGCAGGAGGGCAGGGCUCCGGCAGGGAGCUUGUCUACACUGUGAUGCUGGGUGCUUCUUCCGACAUCUUUUGUUCUGCUGCUUGCUUGAAAGAGCCUUGUCUUAAAACAGUCCCCACUGAAGUGUUUCUCACUCGUACCACCUGCUCUCGAGUUUCUCCUGGGCUGGAUCUCCUUGGGAAAGCCAUGCCUCCGGCUCCACAAGAGAGCAGGGGCUGCUGUCACCUGGAAGAGGAGAGGAGAGAAAGCCAUGGCCAGGCUGCCCUGCUGCUGGUCGAAGGGCAUGGGAAGCUGCACCAAACCCUCCUCGGGUACGGGGAAAGGCAGAGGAGGAAUGGGGAGAGGGCUGGUGCCAUUUUCCUGCCCCAGCAGGGAGCCCCUCGCCUGGCUACCACCCAAAAAUCUGUUGGCAAGGCAGGGCCUGGACCCCGGGGGGCAGAAGAGACUGAGACCAGCUUAGCAAGCAUGCUUUUGUCCUCACUGACAGGCUGUCCACCCUUCCCCCAGGGCAUCAAACAUGUUUCCCCUAAAACACAUCUUCUCCCACCCUCCCAUGUUGCUGAUCAGCAGCGAAUCUCCACAGGCUGCCAACAAGCCUCGUCCUGCCCCAUUUCUUCCCAGGCUGGUCCCUGAGCAGCCAGCCCCCAGGCCUCCCCUCCUGCAGCAGCAGGGCCCUGGGAGCGCAUGGAGGGGUUUUAAAAAUGUGAAGGUCGCUGUAAAUAGUAUCUGUGUCCACUGUGGUGUUGGAGCAAGCGAAAAAACAAAACAAAAAACAACAAAGGAAAGUUUUCCUUUUGGUUCUCUUCUGGUUUUUUUACGAUUUCCGUGCGACGUUGUGCUGUCCCGUGUGGAUGUGUAUCCGAACCGUACUCACUGACACUAGGCUCCUCGCUCCUCCAGCGCGGGGUAGGGCCCGAGGGCUUGGGGAACGUACACUAUUUAUGGUCCUUCCUGCCAGUGCAUCUGUCCACUUUUGUUAAAUUUCAAUAAAAUUAUUUGUAGAGCC